AAUGGGAAAGUAGCAGCUGAAGGAGGGAAAACUCCCUCGUCUGAAGACGGUUUGAUCAGUCAUGGCUUCUGAACUCCACGAAGCCAUUUUUAUGGCCAAACAAGAGAAACACAAGAAUCUUUUCCUAAACUACAGAAACCUCAAUAAUUUCCCCGUGGAGCUGCUGAAAGAUGAAGGCAUGCAGUUCCUUGAGCGUCUCUUUAUGAAGAGAAAUUCCCUCACCACACUGCCAGAGAAUCUGGCUCAGAAAAUUCCCAACCUCAUUGAACUCUACCUGCACUCAAACAACAUUGCAAUAAUUCCUCAAGCAAUCGGUGAGCUGGUGAAGCUGCAGUCAUUGGACCUGAGUGACAACGCUCUGCAAAUCAUCUGCCCAGAGAUUGGUCAGCUGCGCUCAUUACGACACCUAAGAUUGGCCAACAAUCAACUCAAAUUCCUCCCGCAAGAGCUGGGAGAUCUGCGAGAGCUAGAGACUCUGGAUGUGUCGAUGAAUCUCCUGAGGACUCUUCCUGAGCGUCUCCAUCAGUGUGUGUCUCUGCAGUGUCUGACGGCGGACCGAAACCUGUUGCACUGCCUCCCUCGCCAGCUCUGCCUGCUGCCUGACCUCAACGAGCUCUCCAUGGCCGCCAACUGCCUGACAUCACUUCCUCUCGAUCUGGGACGCUCCAUGGAGCUGCAGUUUGUGUUCGUAGACAACAAUGCUCAUCUAAAGGGUCUUCCGUCGUAUCUUUAUAACAAAGUCAUCGGCUGCAGUGGAUGUGGUCUGGCUCUGCAGAUCUCGGACGUGAAGCAGCUCUGCUUGACAAUGGGAGAUGUAACUGUUCCUCUGCCCUCUGAAGUGAAGGCCAUCGGCUCCGAGUCUGAACAAGUGCUGCCUCUAGAAGAGCUGGCCUGCAGGGUCUUGCACGCGGCCUACGACUGGACCUGUAAAGAUGUGAAGCUCCGAACUCCAUUCCUGAUGCCCAAGAGUCUGCUAGAUGUGGUUCAGUGGCCUCUGGGUCACUGUCACCGCUGCAGUCAGCCCAUGUUCACCAUCAUCUACCCCAAACUCUUCCCUCUCAGAGAAACCGCCCUCGCUGGAGUGCACAGGAGAAGCACAGUGAGUUUUGUAGCGUACUGCUGCUCCAGCCGGUGUAUGAGCACGUUUGACCUGCAGGCCUGACGAUGGGCCUUCAUCAACACUCAUCGGCUUUUAUCUUCACUGAGGGCUUGAAGAAGCUCUCACCCGAAGGACAGACAGACAGACAGACAGAGAAAACUGACACCUGUCUGAGCUUCAGAAACACACCCCACUGUCCAGCAUCCUGAGGAACAAAAACCAGCAUUCGGGUAAACCCAAUGACAUUUCACAAAUGAAUGUAGGAUGAGAGUCAAGGUAUUGUUUGUUUUGGGAUGAUUACGGUUUACUGUAAUCAAAAGGUUGCAUACUGCAUAAUUUAUUCUGUGUUUCAGAGUUGUGCUGUUCAAUAGUUAAUCAUGACUUACUGCGUACAAAUGAAGAGUUUGUGUUUACAUGUGUAAAUGUGUGUAUGUUUAUUAUGCAUAUAGACAUGGAAACAUUCAUGUACACUGUAAAAACAAAAAGUUGACUCAACCUAAAGUUUUGAGGCUACAAACUUCAGGACGUUUUUGAGUUGACUCAACUUUCAACCCAAUUACUUCACUUG